AUGACAUGUCCCCCGCCUUCAGGAAAGCUGCUGAACUCGCUGUCCGUGGACCCCGACGCCGAGUGCAAGCACGGCCUCUACUUCCGGGACGGCAGGCGGAAGGUGGACUACAUCCUGGUGUACCACCCCAAGCGGACGUCGGGCAGCAGGACCCUGGCCAGGAGGGUGCAGCACGCCAACACCGUCCCCACGGCCCGCGGCGCCCGGCAGGACCAGCCGCUGCCCGGCAAGGGGGGCGUGGGGGCGGCGGGGGGCCCCGAGCCCCCGAUGGACUACCAUGAGGACGACAAGCGUUUCCGCAGGGAGGAGUAUGAGGGGAACCUGCUGGAGGCCGGCCUGGAGCUGGAGCGGGACGAGGAGACCAAAAUUCACGGGGUUGGCUUCGUAAAAAUCCACGCGCCCUGGAACGUGCUGUGCAGAGAGGCCGAGUUCCUGAAACUGAAGAUGCCGACGAGGAAGCUCUAUCACAUCAACGAGACCCGUGGCCUCCUGAGAAAGAUCAACUCCGUGCUUCAGAAGAUCACGGACCCCAUCCAGCCCAAGGUGGCGGAGCACAGACCCCAGACCACAAAGAGACUCUCUUACCCCUUCUCCCGGGAGAAGCAGCACCUAUUUGACCUGUCCGACAAGGAUUCCUUUUUUGACAGCAAAACCCGAAGCACAAUCGUCUAUGAAAUCCUGAAAAGAACAACGUGUACCAAGGCCAAGUACAGCAUGGGUAUCACCAGCCUGCUGGCCAAUGGUGUUUACUCGGCUGCCUACCCCCUGCACGACGGAGACUACGAAGGCGAAAACGUGGAGUUCAACGACAGAAAACUCCUGUACCAAGAGUGGGCGAGUUACGGCGUCUUCUAUAAGUACCAGCCCAUCGACCUGGUCAGGAAGUACUUUGGCGAGAAGAUCGGCCUGUACUUCGCCUGGCUGGGCGUCUACACGCAGAUGCUCAUCCCCGCGUCCGUGGUCGGGGUCAUCGUCUUCCUGUACGGAUGUGCCACCGUCGACGAGAACAUCCCCAGCAUGGAGAUGUGUGACCAGAGACACAACAUCACCAUGUGCCCGCUGUGUGACAAGACGUGCAGCUACUGGAAGAUGAGCUCGGCCUGCGCCACGGCCCGGGCCAGCCACCUCUUCGACAACCCCGCCACCGUGUUCUUCUCCAUCUUCAUGGCCCUCUGGGCCGCCACCUUCAUGGAGCACUGGAAACGGAAACAGAUGCGGCUCAACUACCGCUGGGACCUCACGGGCUUCGAGGAGGAGGAGGAGGCCGUCAAGGAUCAUCCCAGAGCCGAAUAUGAAGCCAGAGUUUUGGAGAAGUCGCUGAGGAAAGAAUCCAAAAGCAAAGAGACGGACAGGGUGAAGCUGACCUGGAGAGAUCGGUUCCCAGCCUACGUCACCAACUUGGUCUCCAUUGUGUUCAUGAUCGCCGUGACCUUCGCCAUCGUCCUGGGAGUCAUCAUCUACAGGAUCUCCACGGCGGCUGCCUUGGCCAUGAACUCCUCCCCGUCCGUGCGCUCCAACAUCCGGGUCACGGUCACGGCCACCGCGGUCAUCAUCAACCUGGUGGUCAUCAUCCUCCUGGACGAGGUGUACGGCUGCAUCGCCAGGUGGCUCACCCAGAUCGAGGUUCCAAAGACAGAGAAAAGCUUCGAGGAGAGGCUCAUCUUCAAGGCGUUCCUGCUGAAGUUCGUGAACUCCUACACCCCCAUCUUCUACGUGGCUUUCUUCAAAGGCCGGUUUGUCGGCCGCCCAGGCGACUACGUGUACAUUUUCCGUUCCUUCCGGAUGGAGGAGUGUGCCCCAGGUGGCUGCCUCAUGGAGCUCUGUAUCCAGCUCAGCAUCAUCAUGCUCGGCAAGCAGCUCAUUCAGAACAACCUGUUUGAGAUCGGCAUCCCGAAAAUGAAGAAGUUCAUCCGCUACCUGAGGCUGAGGCGCCAGAGCCCCUCCGACCACGAGGAGUACGGGAAGAGGAGGCAGCGCUACGAGGUGGAUUAUACGCUGGAGCCCUUUGCAGGCCUCACCCCGGAGUACAUGGAGAUGAUAAUCCAGUUUGGCUUUGUCACCUUGUUCGUCGCGUCCUUCCCCCUGGCCCCGCUGUUCGCGCUGCUGAAUAACAUCAUCGAGAUCCGCCUGGACGCCAAGAAGUUCGUCACCGAGCUGCGCAGGCCGGUGGCCGUCAGAGCCAAAGACAUUGGAAUCUGGUACAACAUUCUCCGAGGUGUCGGGAAGCUGGCUGUCAUCAUCAACGCGUUCGUGAUCUCCUUCACGUCCGACUUCAUCCCCCGCCUGGUCUACUUGCACAUGUACAGUCAGGACGGGACCAUGCGCGGCUUCGUCAACCACACGCUGUCCGCCUUCAACGUCAGCGACUUCCAGAACGGCACGGCGCCCAGCGAGCCCCUGGGCCUGGGCUACGAGGUGCAGAUCUGCAGGUACAAGGACUACCGGGAGCCCCCGUGGUCGGAGCACAAGUACGACAUCUCCAAGGACUUCUGGGCCGUGCUGGCCGCCCGGCUGGCCUUUGUCAUCGUCUUCCAGAACCUGGUCAUGUUCAUGAGCGACUUCGUGGACUGGGUCAUCCCGGACAUCCCCAAGGACAUCAGCCAGCAGAUCCACAAGGAGAAGGUGCUCAUGGUGGAGCUGUUCAUGCGGGAGGAGCAGGACAAGCAGCAGCUGCUGGACGCCUGGACGGAGAAGGACCGGAAGAAGGACCGGCCCCCCGACAGCCACGGCCCCGGAGCCUGCCUGGACCGGCCCGGGCACCCUGCGGACGCCCUGUAGCUGCCCCGGCCUCCGGGCCCUGCGGCUCCCGGACCACCUUCUGAUAGGACGUUCUCCUGUCUUUCUUCUGUUUCUUUUUUUCCUCGUUUUUGCACAAAACCAUUACGCAGGGAAUCUUUUUAUCUUUAGUGUUCAAGGGUGAUCAGAAUGACCGCUGGGGACAGGGCCAUGACACGCGGGCACGCGGGCGCUUUGCAGAAACACUUGGUGGGGACCGAGGGUCUCCUUCGCGGCGGAGCGUGAGCAGAGCCUCCGGGACGACCCUUCCUAAUCCGCCUGAUGCCUUCAGAGAGAUGCGAAAAGAUGCCCCAACGCUCCGGGCGGACGCCGCGCGGCCCCCGAGGGAGAGCGGAGAACCGAGGUCGACGCCGGUCCCCAAGGCGUCCCCUGCGCUGGGUCAGAAAAGUCUGGCGGCUUUUCAUCGUUUUCGGUUCAGAAACCACGUCACUCUGGCCAGAAAGAGGGGCCUGUGGGCUUAGAAGUUCCUUGUGAAGCCUAACAGGGCUCAGGGUCCCGACCCCCGGCUGCGGGGGCCCACCGUCACCCGCCGUCAGCCGCACACCUGCUCGGCCCCCGCGAGCCGGCCUCAGGAUGGUGCGACGGAAAACACAAGGAAAGGAAACCGGGCCGACAGGCAAAUGAGCAGAGAGCCAGGACCUCGAAGGCAUUUCUGAGGACGGCUCCAGGUUUCACGAAGUCUUAAGGCAUCGGGAAAACAUUUGCAGCUUUAGAAUAUUUAUUAGGCUUUUAAUAAAUCAGUUCUCUGGUGGAUGUGAGGGUUUUUUCCUGUAGCUCAGAGGUGGAAGGAAUUUAUUUUAUUAGUUAGCCAACUAUCAUUGAGAGGAAUUUAAAAUACUGUUGCUACCAAAGAUUUUUAUUAAUAAAGGCUUCUAUUUUGGUAA